AUGCUAGAGGGAGGGUUUGAAUUACGUAAGUGGGUAACUAACGAUCCAGAACUUCGAGCAUAUAUUUCAUCGACAAUGGGUGACAAACCUAAUUCCCAACCCCUAGGGGAAGAUCUUACUUAUGUCGAGGUAAUGUCGCCUAAUUUAGUUACGCCAAAUCAGGCUGUCUUAGGUGUUGCGUGGGAUACCAUCACGGAUGAGUUUGUUUUUCAGUUCGAUAAUUUCUUGAGCAAAUGUGCGAGCCUGAAGCAAACCAAGCGGAAUUUACUGAGUGCAUCGGCCUCGAUUUUCGAUCCAUUGGGUGUGAUUGCUCCCGUCACCGCCAGAAUCAAAACAAUAUUUCAGUUGUUAUGUAAAGACAAAUUAAAUUGGGAUGACCUUAUCCCACCGGCACUUGCGUCAAUUUGGAACAAGUUUUUAGAGGAAUUAAAAUCUCUGCGGGAAGUAAGAUAACCUCGGUUUGUUUUUCAUUUAAAUUUUCAUUCUGGAAUCCGAGUUGAACUUCACGGGUUUUGUGAUAGUUCAAAAGAAGUCUAUAGUGCGGUCAUUUAUCUGCGGUUUGUUUGCAGUAAAAGUGCAAAAGUGUCUUUUUUGGCGGCGAAAACCAAGGUGGCGCCUUUAAAAACCCUUACUAUUCCCAGGUUGGAACUAUUGGGGUGUUUGUUAUUGAGCAAGUUGAUCAAUGAGGUUGUACUUGGUAUACGAGGGCGUGUAGAGUUGGAUGAAAUAUUCUGUUGGUCGGAUUCAGAGGUGGCGUUGAGUUGGAUAAGGGGGAAGGAGCGAAGCUGGGAACCUUGUGUAGAGAAUAGAGUUGUCACCAUUAGAAAGGUUGUAGAUCGUGAUCGGUGGAAUUUUGUUAAAGGAGAACUGAAUCCUGCAGAUAUCCCCACUAGGAUAUCAACUAGUCUAGUUGAGUGUUUCUCAGGAUGUUGGUUUACUGGUCCUUCGGUGUUGUUGUCUCAACCUUCUGCAUACAGAGGCGAGAGAAGUGAUACUCUUUGUGAUCAAACGUCUUUGGGCGGGAAGGUUGUGGAAGAGGUUAGUCAUUCUUCUGAUGUUCUUUUCAACAACGCGACACGGAAUGACAUACCAGGCGAAACGUGUUCAUUGUCUGAUGUCAUAGACUGCACUCGGUAUAGCUCGUUGAACAAGUUGGUUGUCACCACCGGUUACGUGAUAAGAUUCUUGAACAAUUUGCGAAAACGAACGAAGAACCAUGGAAACCUAAUCACGGAGAACGUUCUAACGGCUGACGAAUACGAGCAAGUGUUACACAUGUGGAUUAAAGAAGAACAAUCUCAGAUAAAAGGACAAUAA